UCUUUAUGGUCCAGCUCUCACUUCCAUACAUCACUACUGGGAAAACCAUGGCUUUAACUAUACCAGCAACAAAGUAUUGUAUAAUAAAUCAAAUCCACCCGCCCCCCAAAGCUGCAAGGCCUGCAGGCAGGGGCAGCAUUUAUUUCAAUUUUGUGAUCGCAGUGGGGAAACGGUCCUCCCAUUCACCGAACCACUUCUUAUAGCCGUUUCGCUUUUUAACCUGAAGUGUCCCUGAAAUGUUAAAAAUACCCAUCUGUGCAGUGUGUGCACGGUGCUCUUUUCCCUUUUGGCUCCUGCUUUGAGAGAGAUGCAGGCAAAGAGAGGUGGUCCAGCUGUUUAUCCUCCUUAGGGUUAAAAUUAAGUGAACUAGAUUCCCAGAGAGGAAGGGAAUUUGGGGGAGAGAAGAAGUGGGCGAGGUCCUCCAGAGCAAAAAGCACCUCCUUCCAAAGUCACUUCCUGCCUCGAUUCUCCUUUGAAGGGGCGUGGGUCUGUGGAAGUGGCCUUUGUUUCCCCAAUUGAUGCAACCCUGGCUCUUCCUGAAAUCUGGACUUGGUAGCGCUCCCAUUUAGGACAGAGAGAAAUUGGCAGAAGCCAAAAGAAGUCUCUCCGGAACUGUUAGAAGCUUCUGUGAAAGAAAUAUGGAUAAGGAAGGCUCAGUUGCCGCUGAAGCAGGAAGAGGACAUGAUCCCAUCAAGACUGGGAGCAGUGGGGGAUUCUGGGAAGAAACAGUGCAGAAGAUGCUGUGUAAAGAGGACAAGCUCAACUCAGAUGUACAAUGCCAGCGUUUCAGGCAUUUCUGCUACCAGGAGGCUGCAGGGCCUCGAGAGGUUUGCAGCCGACUCCACCGUUUUUGCCAUCAGUGGCUCAAGCCAGAGCAGCACACGAAAAAUCAGAUGCUUGACCUGGUCAUCCUGGAGCAGUUCCUGGCUGUUCUUCCACCAGAGAUGGAGAGCUGGGUGAAGGAGUGUGGAGCAGAGACCAGUUCCCAGGCGGUGGCCCUGGCUGAAGGUUUCCUCCUGAGCCUCGCAGAGGACAAGAAGCAGGAAGAGCAGCAGGUUAAGGAUCUGCUUAGAGAAGUAAGCGCUCGUCUUCCUGAGGCAGAGAGGUCUCCACUGAAUAGCAGACAGAGGCCACCGGGUGACCAAACAAUGCCAGUAAAACCUCAACAACCACUCCAUAUUCACAGUGGAAGGGAAGCAGCUUCUUUGACGCUGGAUCAGGGUCCUGUGACCUUUGAAGAUGUGGCUGUGUAUUUCACGGACGAAGAGUGGGCGCUGCUAGAUUCCAACCAGAGAGCUCUGCAUAACAAGGUCAUGGAGGAGAACUGUGGGAUCAUGACCUCUCUCAAAGGUGAUGAACUGGAAAUGAAGAAUAAGGAAGACUACAACAAACUCCUCACAGUGAAGAAGCCAUGUAAAUAUCUAGAGAGUGGAGGGAGCUUUGGCCAGAGUCUCCAUCUUCACAGAGGGGAGAAACCAUAUAAGUGUUUGGAAUGUGGAAGGAGUUUCACUUGGAAGAAAAGCCUCACCUCUCAUCAAAGAAUUCAUGCGGGGGAGAAGCCACAUCAGUGCUUGGAAUGUGGAAAGAAGUUUUAUACAAGCACAAGCUUUCAUCGUCACAGAAGAAUUCACAGUGGGGAGAAACCAUUUCAGUGUUUGGAGUGUGGAAAGAGCUUUAACAGAAGCACAAACUUCUAUCGUCACCGCGUUAUUCACAGUGGGGAGAAACCAUUUCAGUGUUUGGAGUGUGGAAAGAGCUUUGUUCGGAAGAGCGAUAUCACUUCCCAUCAAAGAAUUCACACCGGGGAGAAACCAUAUAAAUGUUCGGAAUGUGGAAAGAGCUUUAUUCAGAACUCCCAGCUCACUUCCCAUUUAAGAAUUCAUACAGGGGAGAAACCAUAUCAAUGUCUAGAAUGUGGAAAGAGCUUCAACAAAAGCACAAACUUCCAUUCUCAUCAAAAAAUCCACAGCGGGGAGAAGCCCUAUCAGUGCUUGGAAUGUGGAAACACAUUCCGCCAGAAGAAAAAUCUCACUUCCCAUCAAAGAAUUCACAGUGGGGACAAACCAUAUCACUGCCUGGAAUGUGGAAAGAGUUUCCGUCACAGCAUUGGCCUUACUAUACAUCAGAGAAGCCACACAGGAGAGAAACCAUAUAAAUGCUUGGAAUGUGGAAAGAGCUUCUGCAAUAGCUUAAGCUUUAUUAUACAUCAGAGAAGCCACACAGGAGAGAAACCAUAUAAAUGCUUGGAAUGUGAAAAGAGCUUCAGUCAAAGCUCCAAACUCACUUCCCAUCAAAGAAUUCACACAGGGGAGAAACCAUAUAAGUGCUUGGAAUGUGGGAAGAGCUUCCAUCAGAAGUCAAAUCUUACUUCCCAUCAAAGGAUUCAUACUGGGGAGAAACCAUAUAAAUGCUUAGAAUGUGGGAAAGGCUUAAGCUGCAAGAAAAGCCUCACUUCCCAUCAAAGAAUCCAUGUACAAGAGGAAUCAUAAAAGUACUUGCCUUCAAGUUUUUAAUAUGCAGUUGGAUGCAGACUGUGUUGUUGGAAAAAGUUUUGUACAAUUGGAAAGCUGACAAUAUGCUGUUUAAAAAAUAGGGGAGGGGGAUUAGAGACAAUAGACAUUUGUGUUUAUUAAGCACUUAAAUGACAGGCAACAUCAGGGACAACAUGUUCACAAAUUAUGUAAGUGUUGAAACAAAUCACCCAAGACAUGUUGCUAUUUUCUCCAGAUUGGCCAAGUUAUUAAUUUUAUCUCAUGUGUGCCCUCCCUCUCAGUCAUUACUGAAUGUGGAUGUAUCUAUUGUAACACAAGUAUAUGUUGUAAAACAUAUUCUGAUUAUAUUUACUGUUAUUUACACUAUGGAGGUAAUGGAGGCUUGAAUCUUCAUAACAUGGCUACUCAAAAACUGCAGUCGUUGAACCUAAUAAGGAACUAUAAAGCAGCAUUUUUAGGUCACAAGGAUCAAAUUGCAGUGGAACUGCAAGAAAACGUCCUAGAAGAUUUCCCAACAUGUUUAAUAUUAUCUAUUAUUGUUUUUCUGCAGUUCAACUUUUUGAAGCUGGGGUGUGUGUUAUACUGAGAAGUGCUUUAUAUUCUGGCAAAUGUGGUGAUUAGUGCAUUGAUUAUAUUCCGUGUUACUGUAUUGUAUUGGUAUUUUAAUUUUGUACCAGUAUUGUAGUAGUACAGAAACAUGGCCUCAACAAAGUUCUUCAUCAGUGGAAA